CUCACCCCGCUCGUCCCUCCUCCCUGCCGGUGCUGGCGGCGGCUCCUCCUCCGCGUGUGACCCGGUGCCGCAUGUGAGCGGGGAGGAGGAGGGACCGCGCGGCGCGGAUCCCACUGUGGCGGCGGCAGGAGCGGGAGCCGGCGUGCGGUGUCCCCCCGCAGCCUCAUCGCUGGGCCCCGCCGGCGCUCCCCAUGCCCGUGUGGUGCUGCCGCUGCUCCCUGGCCGGUCACUUCAGAACUUACAGCGGCACUGAAACCGAAGGACAGCUUUUGAAUUCCUUUGUUCAGUACUUUGGUGACAGUCUUGGGAAGAAGAUUAAAAGAAUGCCUUUAAUUGAAGAAACUGUUCUGCCUGGGGACUCCCUUCUUACCCUGCCUGUAGUAAUAAUAGGAAAUGGACCUUCAGGAAUUUGCCUUUCUUACCUGCUCUCUGGAUACAGGCCAUAUUUGUCUCCUGAAGCUAUACACCCAAACCCCAUUCUACAUACAAAAUUAGAAGAAGCUCGACAUCUUUCCAUUGUUGACCAAGAUCUGGAGUACCUGUCAGAAGGCCUGGAAGGACGCUCCUCAAACCCAGUUGCAGUGCUUUUUGAUACAUUGCUUCACCCUGAUGCUGACUUUGGCUAUGACUACCCACCUGUUCUGCACUGGAAGUUAGAACAGCAUAAUUAUAUUCCCCACAUAGUGCUUGGAAAAGGACCACCUGGCGGGGCUUGGCAUUCCAUGGAGGGCUCUAUGCUAACCAUCAGCUUUGGAGACUGGAUGGAAUUGCCUGGCCUCAGCUUUAAGGAGUGGGCAGCUAGCAAACGCAGAAAUAUAAAGAGUGAUCGAGUAAUGCCAGAGGAAAUAGCUUGUUAUUAUAAACACUAUGUUAAAGUUAUGGGCCUCCAAAAGAAUUUCAGAGACAAUGUUUACAUAACAUCAGUGUCCAGGCUUUACCGAGAAAAGGAUGAUGAAGGCAGGAGUCACCAAAAUGAAGAUAUUUCAACACAGCAUUUGGAAAUGGAAGAUGGACAGAAAUCAGUUAUUAAGAGAAACUGGGAAGUCAGAGGUUAUCAGCGAGCAACAGAUGGCUCUCAUGUGCCCUUCUGCCUCUUUGCUGAGAACGUGGCUCUUGCAACUGGAACCUUUGAUUCUCCUGGCCGACUGCAAGUUGAAGGAGAAGACUUUCCUUUUGUCCUCCAUUCCAUGUCUGACUUUGGAGCCGCAAUCAGCAAAGGAAAGUUACGUGGGAAGGCAGACCCUGUGUUGAUUGUGGGUGCUGGACUAACAGCAGCUGAUGCAGUACUAUGUGCCUAUAACAACAACAUCCCAGUAGUCCAUGUGUUUCGCAGAAGAGUUACCGAUACAAGCCUAAUUUUCAAACAGUUACCUAAAAAGCUUUACCCUGAAUACCAUAAGGUCUAUCACAUGAUGUGUACUCAGUCUCAUACCGUGGACUCUAACCAGCAUUCUGCUUACACUAGUUUCCCUGAACACAAUGUACUUUCCUUCAAGCCUGAGAUGAAGUGUGUUCUUCAGAGUGCCUCUGGACUGAAGAAAAUUUUGAAGUUUUCUGUAGCAUUAGUUCUGAUAGGUUCUCACCCAAAUCUUUUCUUUUUAAAGGACCAAGGACAUAGCAUAGGUCAUCACUCUAAUCAGCCCAUCACAUGCAAGGGGAAUCCUAUAGAGAUUGAUCCAUACACUUACGAAUGCACUAAAGAAGCCAACCUCUUUGCUUUAGGGCCUCUGGUGGGAGACAACUUUGUACGGUUUUUAAAAGGAGGUGCCCUGGGCAUUGCACGAUGCUUGGCAAUAAGACAAAAGAAGAAACAUGAAUUGAUUGAAAGUGAGGAUGGAGGAGGUGAGGGGGUACCAUAAACGAGACAUUAGAAACUCUCACAUCCGGGAUUACAGAUGUAGUCUUAACAGAAAACUCACUGGCAGCAAAAGUUGAUAGCAGUCACAUUUCUGUUGUGUACAAGUAACCUGCGCUUGUAUUGCUUGGUAAAGGAUGCUGAUAUUACGAUACUUCACUCUUUAAAAAUACAAAAAAUUGAUCUGCUAUUUCAACUGAUCUCAACUGGAAUGCUUCCAGAUAAACAGAAAAUGAGACUAACUUUUCUUGGCCUGCCUGUCUGUCAUCUCUUGCUCAACUACAAGAGCAGACUUCGUCUGUGAAAGGCAAUGCCUACCAGAGUGGUUUUACAUUUUAGUGUCAAAUGUGACAUGAAUACUCUUACCAUGAAAUUGAAAUAACUUUUAAAAGCAGAAAGCUUGUUUUGUACCAAGUGAUUCUUUGUCCCAAAGCAAAUUUGGAGCCUUCUGCUUGAAACAAGGAUUUUAUUUAUUUGCUACAGUAAUACUUGGAAUGAGCACUUAGUAAAAUGGUUUCUACUAUAAGAAGUACUUCUGUAAGCAAGAAGUAUUCCUCAACAGUUUUAAAUUAUCCUGGUAAUUGGAAUAAAAGAAUAAGCAUUCCCAUUUAAUCUUUAACGAUUUGACACAACACAAUCCAUUAAUGUUUCUUCACACUAUGCCUAGACUUGGGUGAGUGCACAAAGACUAACAUGAGAUGUUCCCCUACAGUGAUAUGUACAUUUCUGAGAAUUCGCAUUAACAUAAACAAUAAAGUACUGAUGUAAGUGCUCUUA